CAUGGCAACAAAGGACGCUUCUGCUGCGAGCGUGAGCAUGGCCAGUCCCUCCUCAUCCCUGAUCCAGGAAAUUUCUGACAAAGACUCUCCAAAGAUCCUGACUUCAGAUUUCCUUUCAGAACUCCAAAUCAAUGAUCUGCUAAAUGAAAACAUACAUGGGGUUCAAAAAAAACUGGAAGGAUUCUUGAAUUUCCACAAACUUCCUACUUCCCUAAAGGAAGCCAUUCUGCUGGAUUAUUACACGUCUGGAUUCUGGUGGGCCAAAGACAAGAACUUCUCCAUCCCCCAACUGUCCAAAUUUAUGGCUCUACUGGACAAGUUGCUACAUAACCUCCAGACCCUACAUGCGUCGCUGGAAGAUAGCAUAAAGUUUCUGGGAGAAGUAAUGGCUGAAAUUGGACCAAAUACCAUAGAAAAACCCUAUAUGAAUGUCUUUAAUGUACAACAAGCCAACGAGAUCAUCGAUUACCUAAAGAUGAGCUUAUUUCAACACUAUAAGCUGUAUGAAUUUCUCUUCUUCUCUCCCAGGGAUGAAAUUGUGAUAGGAACGGAGAAAGUGAUAGAACUUGUCAAGUCAGCGGCUUCCCCUUUUCCAUAUCCCCUUGAAGAAGGCAUGGCAUGUGACAUUUAUUCGGCAUUUAUAGUGCCACCCCCAACAUCAACUCUCGAAGUAGAGGAUAUCGAGCAAAUCCUUUCAGAGGAGUCCCAGGUAGAAAGCGAAGCCACAGAGGUGGAUCCAUUGGCCAAUUUCACCAUCGAGGAAGUCAAGACUGUACUGGGUCAGAUCACAGAUGAAGUCAUAAGCAGCAUUCAGGCUGAGAUAAAUGAGAAGCUGCAGAUGCAGGAAGAGACCUUCAAUGUACGGAUCGAGAAACUGAAACAGGCCUGAGGAUGCCCAGGGAUAGGAGCCAGGCUGACAGUCAGAGAAAGCAUCAAAAGCCCAGAACACAAGACCAUCUCUAGAGCACCCCGUGCUCUCCAUUUAGUGAAGAAUCGUAGCCCAUAUCCCUUUUAUUUGAUUAUUUUGAUUUGAUUUGAUUAGGCACUCUCUUGGCCCAUCUCAGCAGCUGAAUCGACUUCACCCAAUAGAAACCAAACCUAUUUUAUACAUGAGGUUGCAGAAUUUUGUGUCAAAUAUGCCUAGUUUAGGGUAUAUUUUUGACAUUAAGAAGCAUAAACACACUUCUUCCAGGAAGAAACUUUUUAAACCAAAAAGAUAAAAAAAUGAAAAUAAUUCUAUUUCCAUUGACUGCUUCAGUGGACUUAGAACUUAUCACUGAAAGUGGAGAACUAGAGCCCCGAGGACCAACUCUUAUCGGACUCUCCCCCCUUCUGAGCCAUUGAGUUUUUUUGUUUAGACCUUACAUGUGUGAAGCCCAUUUCCUGAAAUUACAUAAUGUGUCUCUGAGCAGUUUAAUUCCUUCUGCUCUGUGUUUGUUAUUUCUAAUCUUGUUACCCUCUCCAGAGAAUACAUGACCUACACACACACACACACACACACACACAAAAGAGGAAGCGAUACGUAAGUGGUUAUUGAAGACCAACCUCAAUAGGGAUGAGAGAAGUCUUAAAUACAAAUUCUGCUUUGUGGAGCCGUGAAAAUUAACCAUUAGUGCCAUGAAAUAAUUGAA